UAAAUCUCCUCAAAAUCAGCGCUUCAAAUCAUUCUAUCACCUAAAAUUCGAAUCACUAUCCAUUAUUGAUUAUUUGUGAAACUAUUCGAAUUUCGAUUUACUGAAGUUUUAGACUGAUUUUUUUUUUUCGAUCAAUUAAGAGCGGCGGAGCGCCACCGUCAUGGGCGGUUCACAGAGUCGGGAAGGUCUGGAACUCUCCGAUUCGGAGUACUCCGACGACGAUCGGGAGGAGCAGGAGGAGCAGGAUUCCGAAGAUUACGCCGACGCAGAGGAUCGUACCCCGAAGGUGAGUUCAAAAACCCUAGAUGAAGUUGAAUCCAGGCUGCAGGCGUUAAAGCUGAAAUACCCGAAGAGCGCCUCCCCUCCCCCUCGGAAACCUAAUUCCGAUCUCAGAAAUGCCGUUAAGCUCUACCUCCACAUCGGCGGCAACACUCCGAAGGCGAAAUGGGUUGUUUCGGAGAAGCUCUGUUCUUAUAAGUUUGUUAAGAAGUUGAAAAUUGACGACGAGGACGACUACGACGCCGACGAAUUGGGCCGGGGGGAGGGAUUUUGGGCUUUGAAAGUGGGGAGGAAAAUUAAGGUUAGGGUUUCCACCGAAUUGCAGAUGAAAUUCUUCGGGGAUCAGAGGAGGGUUGAUUUUGUGGACGGUGGUGUUUGGGCUCUGAAAUUCCUCGCAGACGACGAGUACAGGAGCUUCGUCACUAAAUUCCAGGAGUGUUUGUUUGAGAAUGUUUACGGAUUGAAACCCACAGAUGAAAACAAAGUGAAAAUUUACGGGAAAGAUUUCAUAGGCUGGAUGAAACCUGAUGAGUCAGAUGAUUCUAUGUGGGAGGAUGCAGAUGCUGGUGUGUGGAAGAAUCCGGAUAAACGACCCGUCGAUUUCUCAGAGAGGGAGAAUCAGGAUUUGUUAGAGGAAUUCGAAGAAGCUGCGACGGGCGGUGGAAUACAGAGCUUAGCUUUGGGUGCAUUGGAUAAUAGUUUUUUGGUUAGUGAUUCGGGGGUUCAGGUUGUGAAGAACUUUAGCCAUGGAAUUCAUGGGAAAGGAGUGUAUGUAAAAUUCGACGACAGUAAAUUGGGUUGGAGUGGUGGAAACUCCGGUACGCCAAAGAAGGCACUUUUGAUGAGAGGAGAGACAAAUAUGAUGCUCAUGAGUCCGUUAAAGGAUGGGAAAUCUCACACUAACUCCCCUGGUCUUCUCCAGCUGGAUAUCGAAACUGGAAAAAUCGUCACAAAUUGGAAAUUUGAAAAAGAUGGUGCUGAUAUUUCCAUGAAAGAUAUUACUAGCGAUGCAAAGGGGUCUCAGUUAGACCCUUCCGAGUCGACUUUCUUGGGUUUAGACGACAAUAGAUUGUGUCAAUGGGAUAUGCGCGAUAGAAAGGGAAUUGUUCAGAAGAUGGCGGAUUCAAGCUCUUCGCCCGUGUUGAAUUGGACACAGGGUCAUCAGUUUUCGAGAGGGACAAAUUUUCAGUGCUUUGCUACCGCUGGAGAUGGAUCCAUUGUUGUUGGAUCGCUCGAUGGGAAGAUAAGGUUGUACUCGAGAACUUCUAUGAGGCAGGCGAAAACUGCUUUUCCAGGGCUUGGUUCGCCUAUUACUUCGGUCGAUGUUACUUACGAUGGGAAGUGGGUUUUGGGUACAACGGACACAUAUUUGAUCUUGAUCUGUACAUUGUUCACGGAUAAAGAUGGUCGGACGAAAACUGGCUUCAGUGGUCGAAUGGGGAAUAAAAUUCCAGCUCCAAGAUUGUUGAAGUUAACCCCUGUGGAUGCUCAUUUAGCUGGAGCGAAUAAUAAGUUCCACGCAGGCCAUUUCUCUUGGGUGACGGAAAGUGGGAAGCAAGAAAAGCAUUUGGUGGCGACGGUGGGGAAGUUUAGUGUGAUAUGGAAUUUUCAGCAGGUGAAGAACAGUGCGCAUCACUGUUACCAGAAUCAGCAAGGGCUGAAGAGCUGCUAUUGUUAUAAAAUAGUGUUGAAGGAUGAAUCUAUAAUCGAGAGUCGGUUUAUGCACGAUAAGUAUGCGCUGGAUAAUUCUCCUGAGGCUCCGUUGGUUGUGGCUACUCCUAUGAAAGUUACUUCCUUCAGCAUGUCGUCUGGCAAGCGGUGAAUGACGUGGCAGGGUGGCUGGGUCGGGGGCUUUGUUUCUUUAUUAAAUUUGUGCUAGUCGAGUAUUUCUCUUCUUUUUCUCGAGUGGUGGGUUCUUGAUGUUUUACUGGAGAACAGUGUGUUUUGUAUUUAAGGUAUUCUGCAGAUAUUGUUUGGUUUAUAUUGUUGAAGCAUUUUACUAAUGUAUUUUGUCUAGGUGA